UCUGCGGGAAGGUGCCGCAGCUGAUCCUCCGUCCCCGGGACAGCCCUGCCGGGGCCGCACCUGCUGCAGGACCCCCGAGGAUGGGGCGCAAACCUCGGUGCUGCAGCACUGCCGAAGUCAUCGGCUUCGCCGGGGGUGGGAGACGAGGGCGAGCCCCAAAGGGCUGGAGCCCCGAGGGAUGGAGCGGCAGCAGGGCUGGAAGCGCUCGCCGCUGGUGGUGGCAUCACCUCCCACCCCCGAGUGUCCCCGGCCGGGCCGCGCUGGGGGCUGGCGCUGAGGCCCCCCAGGUGCAGGGCGGGGAGGAAGAGGAUGCUGCGGUCACACAGACCCAGCGAGCACUCGGGACCCGCCGGGGCAGAGGGCAGCACGGCGGUCCCGCAGUCCCGCCAUGGGGCAGCCCCCGCCACGGGGCCACCUGCUGUCCCCCGGCCUGGCCCCGUGGUGCCCGUGCUGUGGCCGCGGGGGCAGCGGGAGCGGGGCCGGCCGUGCGAGCGCUCGGCCCGGGCAGCGCCGUGACCUUGUUUCCAGCCCGCUGAUUCCCGCAUCUCGCCUGCCGCCGGCACCGCCAGCCAGCGGGGACCAGGCGCAGGGCAGGACGAGCGUGUGUCCCCAUGGAGGGACCUGGACUGGAGGCCCGCUCUGGGGGGACAGUCCCCAGCCGGGAGCCCACAGGGUCACGGGCUCCCUCGGCCCCUGCGUGGCUCUCGUUUGGAGCUGGGGUGGCCUGGCAGUUGCCUUGGGACCUUGGGGACAUUGGUGCCUGCUGGCAGCGGAGCUUGGUCCCACGGGAGCCGCUGCCGGACGUGCCCUUGGGAACGCGUCUCCUCCCGCCAGCGCUUGUAAACAGGAUGUGGAGCCAUCCCAACCCCGGCGUUGCCGUCCCUCGUCCCAGCCCCGACAGCCCACGGGCAGCAGCUCGGGGGCAGCUGUGCCUUCCCCCGCCCCUGCCCGCGCCCCGCUCCGCGGGAACAGCCAGGGCAAGGAGGUGUCGGCUCCUGGUCAUGUCCCUGGCCGUGUCCCCUGCCCUGGCUCUCUCCCGGGGCUGCGGGGACGGGGCCCCUGCGCUGACACCCCGUGAAAGGGCAGCGGGCGGGGGGCGUGGGCACCGGGGGACCCCUGCCCGCUCUCUGCCUUCCCCCCGCUCAGGCCACCCCCCAAUCACUCUUCAUCUCUUCUUGGUGACUCUGCCUCCUCCCGGCCCCUCCCUGUGCUCCUGGCAGGCCGUGGGGCGCGGGGGAGUCCUGGCUGCCCCAGAAGACCCCGAGGAGCGGCGGGGUGCCCAGGGGGAAGGUGCCCAGCCCUGUCCCCCGGAGUGCCAGGAGCUGGCUGCCGUCCCCACGCCGCAAGUCAUAAAACGUUUCCUGAAGGAGGACUCGGACGAGGCUGAGCUGACCCAGUUCCUGCGGGAUUGCCCAGCAGCUGACAGCUCCAGGAAGGUGGAGGCCCCGGAGAGCCGGCGGGAGCCCGGCCACCCCCUGGGCAGCGGGGCCAGGGUUCCUCCAGACGAAGGCAGUGACGAGAGGGACGCCAGGAUUUUCUCCCGCUCCCGGCCCGCGGAUUUCCAGCAGCACAUCGCCGCCCCCCCGCCGCCCAGCCCCAACCGCCCGCGCAGCCCCUGGGGACAGCUGGACCCCUACGACUCCUCCGAGGAUGACAAGGAGUACGUGGGCUUUGCCACGCUGCCCAACCAGGUACAUCGCAAGUCGGUGAAGAAGGGCUUUGACUUCACCCUCAUGGUGGCAGGGGAAUCCGGGCUGGGCAAGUCCACCCUGGUCAACAGCCUCUUCCUGACGGACAUGUACAGGGACCGCAAGCUGCUCAAUGCCGAAGAGCGCAUCACACAGACAGUGGAGAUCACCAAGCACGUGGUGGACAUCGAGGAGAAGGGGGUCAAGCUACGCCUGACCAUCGUGGACACGCCGGGCUUUGGGGACGCCGUCAACAACACCGAGUGCUGGAAGCCGGUGGCCGACUACAUCGACCAGCAGUUCGAGCAGUAUUUCCGUGACGAAAGUGGCCUCAACCGGAAAAACAUCCAGGACAACCGAGUGCACUGCUGCAUCUACUUCAUCUCGCCCUUCGGCCACGGGCUCCGGCCCCUGGACGUGGAGUUCAUGAGAGCCCUGCACCAGCGCGUGAACAUCGUGCCCGUGCUGGCCAAGGCUGACACCCUGACCCCCGCCGAGGUGGAGCGCAUGAAGAACAAGAUCCGGGAGGAGAUCGAUCACUAUGGCAUCCGCAUCUACCAAUUCCCUGAGUGCGACUCGGACGAGGAUGAGGAGUUCAAGCUGCAGGACCAGGCACUGAAGGAGAGCAUCCCCUUCGCCGUCAUCGGCAGCAACACGGUGGUGGAGGCCAAGGGCCGGCGCGUCCGCGGGCGCCUCUACCCCUGGGGCAUCGUGGAAGUGGAGAACCCGUCCCACUGCGACUUCGUGAAGCUGCGCACGAUGCUGGUGAGGACGCACAUGCAGGACCUGAAGGACGUGACGCGGGAGACGCACUACGAGAACUACCGCACACAGUGCAUCCAGAGCAUGACCCGCAUGGUGGUCAAGGAGCGCAACCGCAACAAGCUGACCCGGGAGAGCGGGACAGACUUCCCCAUCCCCGUGAUCCCCCCGGUGCCGGACGUGGAGACCGAGAAACUCAUCCGGGAGAAGGACGAGGAGCUGCGGCGGAUGCAGGAGAUGCUCCAGAAGAUCCAGAAGCAGAUGAAGGACUCGCACUAGCCCGUCCCUCCUCCUCCUCCUCCUCCUCGUCCUCCUCCUGGCCCCAUCAGAAAUGUUUACAUCACGCUCCUCCCGCCCGGCCCCGCUGCCAGACUCGGUACCAACACCCACCCACCACCUUAAGCUGCGGCAUCGCCUUAUCCAACCCCCAGCGCCCGCGGGGACACCCGGGGACAGCGAGGGGACACCGGGGACAGCGAGGGACAGGGCACCCAGCCCGGGUUCCCCUGCCCUGCUUUCCCCCAAUCACUGGGGACAACUUGGUUCCCCCAGGCUUUGGUUUCCCGUUUCUCCACAGCUCUGGGGAGGGCCCUGGCCAGCCUGGUCCCCACAGCGUGUCCCUUGUCCCCGUGUCACCCUGGGCUCCCUGCUUACAGCCUUUAUGCUCAGCUUGGCCCUGGCUUAAGGGAAGAGGAAAAGGGGGCGCUGGUGCCAGCCCCACAAUGCCCCAGCUGCUGAGGGGGACAGGGCUGUUCCCCUGGCCUUGGCUGGCGUGGAGGGACAGCAGCUCCUGGGGACCACAGGGGACAGAGGGGAUGGAGGGACAGCCAAGGGACAGCCACCAUCCUGCUCCCUGCCAGCACCAGUGCAGGGACACUGUGUCCAGCCCUGUGGACACAUGGAGCAGUGGGAGACACUCACCCUGUCCCCACAGAGUGACAGCAGGGCUGUGGCACGAGGAGCACUGGGGAAUUGGUGUCCCCAGGGAAAAUCCCUUGAACCCCAAAUCAGAGGCUGGGCACCCCCAGCCUGCCGUGAUGUUGGCCCUGUAAAGCAAUAAUGAGUGUCCUGUGCCCCUGGCACCUCUCACCCCAUGGCAACAGCGCCGGCCCUGGCUGGAAUUUCAGCCCCUGCUGCCACUUGCUUGUCUGUGGUGUCCUGUGUGCCCAGGAUGUCCCUGUCCCUGCUGCUUCUUGGCACAGCAGCCCUGUGUAUUCUCCAAGGAUAUCCCCAUGUGUGCUGCUUCCCAGCAAAGUGCUGCUGCGUGUCCCCAUGCCCCCCAUGGUGUCCCCAUGUCCCCCAUGGUGUCCCCAUGUUCCCCACCAUGUCCUGGUUGGUGUUGCUGCCCUACAGAGCACUGCAGCUUGUCCCCCCCUCCCCGGACUGUCCCCAUCUGUGUUGCUUUCCACAGAGCUAUGUUGCAUCUCUGUGUCCCUGUGGGAUGUCGCCAGUCAUGUCACCACCCUGCAGGGCUCUGUGUAGUGUCCCUGUGUCCCCAAGGAUGUCCCCAGCUGUGCUGCUUCCUGCAAAGCCCCACUGUGUGUCCCCAGGGCGAGCCCUGGCCACCCCUCCAGCAUCCCCAGGGAGAUGGAUCCAAACUCCUCCGGGUCUGGGAGAGCCUGCAGGGGAUGGGGAGGAUGCAGCAGGACUGGGAGCACUGGGAUGAGUGGGAUCAGUGGGAUGAGUGGAAUCUGUGGGAGCAGUGGGAUCAGUGGGGUCAGUGGGAGCACUGGGAGC